AUGUUUCCUACGAGAGCUCUUUUCAGCACCACCGUUCGCGUAACGCUCUUCACGCGGGCCAAUUGCGGGUUGUGUGUCACCGCGAAGAACACCGUGGCUCAAUUGAAUAAGCGAAAGCCUUUUGAUUAUCAUGAAGUAGAUAUCAUGGUCCCUGGAAACGAAGCAUGGAAGAACGUCUACGAGUUUGAUGUCCCGGUUCUGCAUAUCCAAGCUCCUCGGACUGGGACGGAGCUAUCCGACCCGAAGAAGUUGUUCCACAGGUUUACAGAGGAAGCAGUUGAGGAUCUGGUCGACCAGGUUGAAAAAGAGGCUCAUUAA